UACUAGAAAUGCAAGUCGUUGUUUCAACUUUUUUGUAGAGGAUGGCCACUCAUUUCUAAUGCUAUGCUAUCUUCUUUUUACUUGUGUAACGAGUCAUCUUAAUUACUUGCCUAACAAACAGCCAUUCCACGUUGAAGCAAGAAUUUUAAUGAUGCCCAUAUUCCAAAAAUGGAGCUUCUUUUUUCUGCUUCUACGUUUGUUAGUCAUAGUGUUUGGAAUCAAAGAUUAUAACUAUACAAGAAAUGAUUUCCCAGAUAACUUUGUUUUCGGUUCUGGAACUUCUGCUUAUCAAGUUGAAGGGGCAGCAUUUGAGGAUGGAAAGACGCCUAGCAUUUGGGACACUUUUGCUCAUGCUGGUUUCCAUGAUGGAGCCACCGGAGACAUUGCUUGUGAUUCGUACCAUAAAUACAAGGAAGAUGUACAGCUCAUGGUGACUAGAUUUUCCAUUUCAUGGCUGAUACCUAAUGGAAGAGGACCUAUCAACCCGAAGGGCUUACUAUACUACAACAAUCUCAUUGAUGAACUUAUCAGCCAUGGGAUUCAACCACAUGUGACAUUAUAUCACUGCGACCUACCACAGGCACUUGAAGAUGAAUAUGUGGGAUGGCUUAGCCGAAAUAUAGUGAAGGACUUCACAGCAUUUGCUGAUGUGUGCUUCAAGGAAUUUGGGGACAGAGUUUUUAAUUGGACUACAAUAAAUGAGGCGAACAUACUUGCCGUGGGUGGUUAUGAUAAUGGACUGAUACCCCCAAAGCGCUGUUCCCCACCAUUUGGAUUCAAUUGUACUGGUGGUAAUUCGUCAACUGAGAUAUACAUCGUAGGCCAUAAUAUGUUGCUUGCACAUUCUUCAGCAGCUAGACUAUACCAGAGGAAAUACAAGUCCGUUCAGCAGGGUUUUGUGGGAAUUAAUGUCUAUGGUCUCGGGUUUCUUCCUUACACAAACUCAGAGGCUGAUGUAAUUGCAGUCCAACGAGCCCUCGAUUUUUAUAUUGGUUGGUUUAUAAACCCCCUGAUAUUUGGAGACUACCCUCAAACAAUGAAGAAAAAUGUCGGUUCAAGACUUCCCACAUUCACCAAACGUGAAUCAGAGUUAGUUAAGGGUUCACUAGACUUCAUAGGGCUGAACCAUUAUUCUCAAGCGUACAUCAGGGACAAUCCCAGCUCCCUCGAAAAGGAUCUCAGGGACUUUAAUAUUGACAUGGGAGUAGAGGCUUUAUUUUCAGUUGAAGGACAUCAGCCAAACGAGCCACCACCCCCAGGACCGAUGCCAGUGAGACCGUCUGCACUUAGCGAUCUGUUGGAGCAUUUUAAACAAGUUUAUGGCAAUCCACCUAUUUAUGUUCACGAAAAUGGUCAGCAGACACGACGCAACGCGACACUGAAUGACACAGAACGUGUGGAAUAUUUGCAUGCUUACAUUGGAGCUGUUCUUGAUGCUCUGAGGAAUGGAUCAAACACAAGAGGAUACUUUCAAUGGUCUUUCUUAGAUGGUUUGGAGAUAUUGAGUGGCUAUAAGGCAUCCUAUGGACUCUUCUAUGUAGAUUUGGAUGACAAAGAACUAACAAGAUACCCAAAGCUUUCUGCAAAGUGGUACUCCAAUUUCUUAAAGAGAAGAAGCUCCAGAACUAGCUCAAUUUUUGAAGUUGGGAACAAAGUAUUUGCUUCUGCCAAAUCUAAUUAGUUUUCUUGAUAAAAAUAUCCUUAUUUUGUUCACAACUAUCAACUACCACCAUAUACCAUCCACAACCACCAUCCUCAACCACAACCACCACCUACGUACCACCUUCAACCAUCCUCCUCAACCAUAAUCAUCACCUACCACCCAUAACCACCAUUCUCAACUACAACUACCACGAGCACCAAUCACCACAUAUAGUCAAUCGUUAUAAUCCCUAGUUAUCAUUUACAAUCAUCACUAUCAGUUGCCAUCACCAUUAGCUACACCAUCUUCUACCACAAAUGUUAGUCGCCACCACCAUCAACCACUAUUGUUGACAACUUCUGUACUCAACCAAUAUCUCCAAUAGUGACUACCCAUAACCAGGGGCGUCGCCACGCGGAGCCAAGGGGUGUCAUCCGACACGCUUGGCCAAUUUUUGUUUUACUUAUAUACAUGCAAAAUCUAUAAACGGAAAUAUUAGAGCACAUAUAAAUAAAAUGACACUGCUUGUCACCAAGGAUAUUGGGAUU